AUGUCGAACGGGUAUAUCAACCAACAACAUUUCAGGCCAUCUUCGGGCCUUCAGCCUGCAAUCCCUUUUGAACGGCCUAACCCGGGCUCCGCAACAUCCCAUCGCUCGCGCGUCGAGACGCCUAUCCAGCCUCCCCAGAUUCCAUCGCACAUCCCCCCCUCGCAGACAGCCGCGACACGUCCGCUAUACCGGGUAAACCAGUCCUCGCAGCAGCCCCCCAACUCUCAGCAAAACGAACAGUCUCAGCAGGAUCAGGAUCUGCAGAAUGCCGAGGCGGCGUAUAUCGCGACGUACAGGCAGCCCCAAACGCCGCAUGUGCAGCCUAUCUACCAUACCGCUGGCGAGGGCCGCCCACCAAGCCCGCCUUCCCAGCUCUCAUACCACUUCCAGCAGCUUGCCCGAGCCAUCGACGAUGACCGUGUUGGGCCUGAGGGGAUUCCUCCGCCACGACUCCACACGCCAGGGCAGGCAUUGCCUUCCCAGGCGCAUGCUCCGCAGCAGCAACAUUCCGGACAGCAGGGUCAUGGCAUGCAAUCAGACAGACUGCAAGAAGAGUUUCAGGAAGACGCCGAUUCUGAGGAUGAAUCAGGGGAUGAGAACCGGGACGGAACAGACGGCACGCCGUCCAGGCCCAUUGCACCUCUUGCCCAGCCGGUGACUCCUCUCCAACUUCCUGCUGUUCGGCCGACCCUCAUGCUUGGACCCUACAACUCGAAGCAGGAAGCCAUGAAUGCAGCCAUAGAGUAUGCCAUUGCCCAGGGCUACAUGCUUGUGCAGUCCGGCUGCGCCAAGCUAAAACGAGCGGGAGGCGGCUACGAUAAGGAGGCGCCCGUUGUGCGCGUCGACCUGAUGUGCGACCGAGGCGGCACCUGCAAGAACGCUGGUACGGGCAAGCGCAAGCGACCAACACACAGGAUUGGCUGUCCCACGCGCAUGAAGGUGGUAUGUCGGAAGCGGGAUGCAAACAUGUGGUUCAUCGAGCCGCGCUGCGAACAGCACAACCACGACCUCAACCCCAAUAAUAUGGAGUCGAUCGCAGCGUAUCGCCGCUGGCGCCGUGUUCAAGCCGGUGGCAGUUCUGUCGAGCAGUACAGAGAGCGCGCUGAGCGCGUCAAGAAAAUGAAAGGGCCCAAGGUACCGCCGCCCGUACCACCGCCCAAGUUCCACAAUGCCGGCCCGCAACCUCCUCCGCCGCCGGCAACCCCGGUUCAUAUGGCUGCUCUCAAGGGGCAGGCUAAAAUUCUGGAGAUACUUCUCAACAAGGGUGCCGACAUCAAUGGACUCGACUCGACCGGCCGCACCCCGCUGCACUGCGCCGUCGAGGGUUCGCGAAUGGAUACCGUCAAACUGCUCGUCGACCGCGGAGCUGACGUGUCACGACUUGACGCCAAGGGUACCAGUCCGCUCCAGAUGGCUGUCGAGAAGGGCAUGGAAGACGCUGUUGUGCUGUUUAUCGAGAAAGGCGCGGAUCCGAAUAGGUAA